CUCACCCUCAUCCUCGCCGCCACCCCGUCCCUCGGCAUCGGCCGCGCCGGCGCCCUCCCCUGGACGAGCCUGAAGGGCGACAUGGCCUUCUUCGCCCGAGUCACGAAACGCGUGCUCCCACCCGCAUCCACCUCCACCUCCACCUCCACCUCCACCUCCGCUGCCGCUUCUUCUUCGCCGAGAAGGACCCAAAACGCCGUCAUCAUGGGCCGCAAGACGUGGGACUCGAUCCCGCCGCGGUUCCGCCCGCUGGCGGGGCGCAUCAACGUGGUUGUGAGCCGGGCGGGGGUGGUGGCGGGGUUGGAGGAGGCGCGGGGGAAGGAGAGGGUGCUUGUGGUUGGGGGGUUGGGGGAGGCGGUGCGACAAUUACAAAGCGGCGCGAUCAAAGACGAUGACGGAGAUGGGGGAGAAGUGAGGGUGGGCCGGGUGUUCGUGAUCGGCGGCGCGAGUUUGUACAACCAGGCGUUGGCGAUGGAGGGGGCGCGGAGGGUGCUGUUGACGAAGGUGGGGCGGGAGUUUGAGUGCGAUGCGUUUUUUGGGGUGGAUUUGGAGGGCGAGGGGGCGAGGGGGAGGGGGUGGGUGAGGAGGAGUAGGGGGGAGUUGGAGGAGUGGGUGGGGGAGAGUGUGGGGGAGGGGAGGGAGGAGGGGGGUGUGCCGUUUGAGUUUUGUUUGUUUGAGAGG